UCCCCAGCACAUCAUCAACAAGGGAUCAUCCACACGACCGCACCCACUACUACUGAGUGAGAGAGCUCCUGUGCCACAGGCCCACAGCUCUCCUACACGUCCACCGAUCAUCUCGCUUGAGCUCCGAUCUCCCUCAGAAGUCAGAACCUAUCUGAAGAGAGACGAUGCCUCGGUUAUUCCUCUUCUGCCUGGUGUCCAGCCAGCUGGCCGCGACCGCCGUCACGGCGCGGCCUUUCGCCACCGUCCUCCUGCACGGCGGCGCGAUGAGCAGGGUAGCUGCGGACGCUCCUUAUUCCGCUGCCGCCGUCGCCCUGCACGCGCACUCCCUGCUGGAGGAGUCCAGGUUCGCCGGGUCACCGCUGAGCUCGCACCGCGGCGGGCACAGACCUUUCGACCGGGCGUUCGCCGGCGGCAAGAUCAUCGUGGCGGGGCUCGCCGCGGCCAUCGUCGUCGCCGUCUUCUGCUACAUCCGCAUCACGAGGAAGAAGAGCGUGGAGCCAAAAGUCUGAUGAUGACUAUAUAGACCACCUGACUCUUUCUCUCUGCACACUCUCUGAAAGACUGAAACCCUUUCUGCUCUACAAACUGCAGAGUGAGGAUAUACGGCCAUACGGGAAGAAACAAGUGGAACCCCCCCCCCCCCUAGAUUUGCUGUACUAUACUACAUUUGUGAUGAUGGAUAGAUGAUUCAGCUCCUUCACAGUU